AUGAUGCAGCACCACUCAUGUGUUCGGCGUUACUAUCGCGGCGACAUCAAUUUCACACGCGGACUUGAGGCAAUUAUCGGUCUUGCUUGCGCCGCCGCCACACGCAGCGAAACUAGCCAGGGGCAGGGCAGGGCAAUAAGUUCAGGAGAUUUACGAUGGCCGAAAGCACGAUGACGCGCGCGGCGCCGGGCGACGGCGAGGCCGCGGGCGCGCUCCUCGCGACGAAAGAGCUCGUCAAGCCCGAGAAGCCCGGUAGUAGCAUCAAGGGCAUCCUGGCCGGCGCCGCCGCGGCUUCGUUCGCUCUCGGGCUGCUCGCGGCCGUGACGCCGUCGACGCGCCAGGCUCCCGUCGGACUCGCAGGAGAUCGUUGGUCCCUGACCGUCGAGGGCGGCCUCGGAAGCGUGGACCCGAACUACGUCAGCUUCGUCGUCGACCCGGCGAGCCUCGAGGUCGUCAAGAAGUACCCGAGCUACCCGUACCCCGUCGACUUCACUAGUCCGGCGCUCAAGGCCCUCGUGAAGGAGCUGGCGCCGGCGCUGUUCGUUAUUACGGGAGGCAACAGCAACUGCAUCUCGUACGCCGACGGCUUCGACCCCGGCUCGUCUCCGAAGUCAUCAGCUGACAACUACUUGUCGACCUACUGCGAGGGUAAGACGUACUACGGCAAUCUGGAGCCGGCGCUGUUCAAGACUUUGUUAGAUUUCGCGGCGGACACGGGGACUGACCUCGUGUGGCACCUGAACAUGGCCUUUGGCCGCGGGCACUCGUCGGCCGCGUACGAGCCCUGGGACGCCAACGACGCGAAGGGGCUCCUCGAAGCCGCGGGCUCGGCGCUGAAGGGAGCGAUGCUCUUCGAGGAAUUGCCGGAGAAGGGGAAGAAGGUCGAGAGCUGUGUGGAAAUCAACCAGUGAGUUGGGCCGCCAUCGAGCAGACGCAGCUACGGAGAAAAUAUCGCGUCGAUGGCGUGGGGCGCCCGAACUUUGAUUUCCACACAGGUAGGGUUCGACAUCACGCCCGAGCAGAUGGCAAACGACCUCGCCAUCAUGAAGGCCGCGCUCCCGUCCAAGAAGACGCUCGUCUACGGCGUCCUGAACCAGGACUCGGACCAGGACAAGACGACGGUUACCGACCCGAUUUACCAGGCAAGCAAGGACUCUAUAGAUGUCGUCGCCUUCUCGUACUACAUGAACAACGCCUGGAGACGCGCGCCUGAAAAUCACGGCUCGUACAGCGGCUCCGGCAGGUGCAAAUUUGACCCGAAGCAAACGGCGGCGUUCAUGGUGGAACCGGCGCACCGCGCGACGCUCGACACGACAUCCAAGCACUUCGUCGAGCUAGGCGAGUCGUUAGGCAAACCCGUGCAGCUCAUCGCCGGGGCGCCCUGCACGCACAACAAGGAGGGCACGGGCUACGGAGCCGUCGACGCGCACGUCGGGGCCUUGUGGUACGCCGACGCGCUCGGCCGCGUCGCCAAGCAAGGCGUCCGCGUCUUCGCGCGCCAGACCCUCGUCGGCGCCGUCUACGGCCUCCUCGGCACGACCACACACAAGCACAAGCUCGCCCCGACGCCCGGGUACUGGGUCGCGGUCCUCCACAAGCGGCUGAUGGGGCCGUCGGUCCUCGGCGUGACCGCGCGCGGUCCCGAAGGCUUCUCUGCCUACGCCCACUGCUCCAAAGGCGCGUCGGGCUACACCCUGCUUCUCGUGAACUUCGACGGCGACAACGUCACCUUGACGCUCCCCUCGCACGGCACGCGCGCGGAGUACGUGCUGACGUCGCCCGACGGGCUGACGACCGGCUCGACGCUAGCGAACCCGCAUCCCGGAAGGACGGUGCUCAACGGCGGCGCCGUCCUGGCAGUCUCCAAAAAAGGCGAGCUGCCCGCGCUCGACGGGCGGUCGGUCGACGGCUCGACGAAGCUCACGGUGCCCGCGGAAGCGAUUGCCUUCGUCGUCAUGGAGGAGAUCGCGGACGGUAUCAGCGGGUGCUGAACCCCGCACAAAACUAGGGUGAACAUUAUCUCGUAUAUGACUAAUCACCUUCUAGAUGUACGAGACAAUUCCCAGAUUCGCCUCGAUCGACGCGUCGAGUGCUACUAGUAGUCGACCGCUGUGCACAGUGGCUAUGUCACGUGCUAUGUCUCCCGAGCGGCCUUGCCGACUCCGAGUCGGAGACUCCAGAGGCACUACGUCGACUGGCUCGCAGUUCCCACCUGAGACGAGGCAGACUAA